AUGUGUAUUUGCAGUUGUGAUUCUUCUAACCCCUCCUUCUUAAGGACAGACACACAGACAUACAGAUAUACACAGAGAGACACAUUUCAUCCAUGUAUGUAUAAUCAAAGCGCAAAGGAAACUAGCCAAGACCAACAUAACAACAGUGAUGAAACAUAUACUGAUAGUUUCUCUGAUACCGAGCAUAAAAAUAAAAGCUUUCAUUUAUUUGAUAGAUAUGUAUCAAAUAUGGCAGCGCUAAAGCUCUACAGAAUAACAGACAUGUUCAAUGAGACCGCUGGACAAAUGGAUCAUCCACAACAUUGGUUUCAUUUUUCAUCGAUCACAUUUAUACCCAAUGCUAAGAUUAAAUACUCUAAAGUUGGUGGACCAGAUGAUGGAAGUGUUUAUUUUGAGCCAUCGUUAUUGCCUAUGAUAGGAAAGACGUUGGCUACUAAUAACGUUAUUAGAAUUCAAAUUACGGUAAAGAAUAUAGAAAGUAGACUUUUACGAGACUUUUACGUUUACACAGAAAUGAUUGUAUCAAUCGAAAGUACAUAUUCUGAUUCCAGUAGCAUUACAGUAAUUGCUAACAUGAGAUUAUUCAUGAACAAAUACUUCAAGAUUGAAUGGGCUGAUAUAAAACCGCAAGCAUUUAUUCCCAACGUUGGUUGGCAAGCUAUAGAGGAGGUUCUUUAUAAGAAUCCUAGUAUGAUAAAUACUUUUAGAUCAUUGAGUAGAGAUGAUAAUAGUAAUGCAAACUUUAACAGCAUUGGUGCCAAUAUGAUGAAUGAUUAUAGUAGCCAAAAUAACGCGGAAAAGUUUGAGGCAAUCACAAAGUUUAGAUCAAACUUCGAGGUAUUCCGAAAUGUUUCCAUAUAUGGUACACAUGAUGACAUUAUUAGAGUGAUGCAAAUAGGUAAUGUAGUCUCUGCAAUGAAGAAUAUUCAAGAAUAUCAGAGGCUCCAUAAUAUUGUAAGCCCAAUUGAAGCUUUUAUGAAAACAGCAAAAGAGUUUAAGGAACGUCAGAAAGAAGAGGACAAGUGUACCUUCAAAGAGAUGAGUGGAUUAAAAACGCCAGAUAGAAAAAGAGCCAGGAAUACUAAUGAAGAUCAUGACACGAUAUAUGUCGAUAGUUCUACUCCAAGCCCUGAGUCAGCUCCACAAACUUCUAGUGAAUACUGUAAACAAGAACCUGGAACCAAAAGAAGAAAAACAAAAUAA